AUGUCAGCAACAUCUUCAGCCCUCGGCGCAGUCUUGGGUUACCUAGGCGCCGAAGUCGCGGGCAUCAGCCUCUUCGAGCGCCUCCUAUGGCCCGAACGCUUCUACAACGCUGUCGACGCCAUCGCGCUCAUCCGUCUGGCCCUCUUCAUGCCCAUGGGCGGGCCCCUCCACCGCGCAGCCCUCAAGACGCUGGACAAGUUCCGCGAUCACGGCCUGUACAAGGGUCGUCGUCGGGGUGACAUGCUCGGCACCACCUUCUUUGCCGACAAAACGAGCCUUCACUACCUCCAUAAGACGGCGACUACCCCCGAAGGCCGGGAACUGCCCCGGGCCGUGCGGAACGGCUUCUGGAUCGAGGUCCUGAAGCACGUUGACGACCGCAUCGGCCUGGGCGGGUCUAGGGUCCGCGCCGAUGCUGAAGGCAUCGCGCGUUCGAAAGGGGAAAGUGACGAGAGAGGAGACGCCGUCAGGACGACCAGACGGAUAUACCGACUUUCUCUGGAAUUCCUGUCGCCUCAAGAAGUUGAAAUAGACACUCAGUCAACAUCCAUCGACGAAAGCUUCGGGUUCAGAACGUUGUUGGGAAUAAUCGUCUCCGAACUAUCCUCGAUUUUGCUUGCGAUGGCUUCGGGAAUCUGGUUGAAUUUCAGCAAGAACGGACAGGAUACUCCAGCGAGGUGGUUUGUUGGCUUUCUGUGCAUCCCUCUUGGUCUCAAGUUGUUCGCCGCCGCGGCACGCGUUCGACGGGAGGGCUUGAUGGACACUGAGGCCUCCCCGGCGUCGUCGACCCUUGACACGACAACUCCCUCAUCCCCAGCAAGUGAUUCUUCAAUCACCAAGAAUGACACAUAUGUUGCCUCUCCAACCCCCUGCCAAGAGGCAGAAAUAUUCGAAAUCCAGGUCCCCUCCAUCGGCUUCUUCCUCGUCUCCACGCCAUCGCCAGCCUCUCCGGCGAGCUUCCAGUUCUUCCGCCACUACGGCCACCCGAUCCGCUACAGCGCCUUCGACCGUGCUAGGGAGGUGGCCAGCAUGGCGACGGUAUACGCCUUUGUCCUCUACUUCCCGGCGGGGCUGCUGCUGCUCUCUUGGAUGAACCAGCCCAUGCAGUACCUGUGGUUGGGCCAGCAGCUGUGGAGCGUCUUGGUCAUGCAUCUCGUGCGUCUUUUCGGUUGGGAGGGCACCGCGCGGACGGAAGAGGCGGUGGCGGCCGCCCUGGUUCGAGACUUUAAGGUCGUGCUGGCUGGGGGCAAUGCGGGUGUCAAGGCUACGCUACUGAUGGAGGAGGUCACGUCGGUCAAGGAGGGGAGGAAGAGGGUACAUGAAAUUUUGGAAGGAUUUUAG